AUGGCGAGAGUGCAAGAAACAGCCCUGACCCGGUCCUACGGUCUCCCAAAAGUACACAAAGAGGGCGCCUUUCUCCGGCAUAUCGCAUCAUUGAAGGGCGCUCCAACCUCCGGACUGGAAAAGUGGCUGUUUCGGCGUCUCAAGUUCCUGACCUCCGAUUCGAACACCACAGUCAGCUUGUCAACACAAUUCUUGGAGAAACUCAAAGGAGUAAGUCUCCUGCCAAGCGAUGUCACUGUUUCCUUUGAUAUCACUUCCCUUUUUACUUCUAUCACGCAGGACUUGGCGACCGAGACCAUCGAACUACUCCUACGAGAGAUAUACGACGGAACGGAUAAUCGCCUUGGACACGCCCAAAUCAUCCAGCCCCUGAAGUUCUGCCUCAGGACGUACUUCACGUUCGACGGAACAAUCCACGUGCAGGUGAAGGGCACGCCAAUGGGUUCGUCGAUUUCAGAACUCAUAGCCGAGGCGGUCCUACUACGUUUGGGGUCACUGGUUUUCCGACACCAGAGACCGAAAUUCACCGUUCGAUAUGUGAAUGAUACCUUCGUCGUCAUCGAACAGGAUGGGGUGCUGGAAUUCAAAGAACAUCUUAACGCCGUCUUCCCGGACCUUCAAUUUACAAAGGAGAAGGAAGAAGACAACCAGCUGGCCUUCCUGGAUGUCCUCGUCUGCUGCAAAGAUUGUGGUGGCCUAAAAACCGAAGUGUUCAUGAAAGCGACACAUACGACGCAGAUACUGAACUUCAACAGUAACCACCCGAUCAGUCACAAACUCAGUUGCGUAAGGGCGCUAUACCGGCGCGUUGAAACGUACUGCAGUGAAAUGGAAGACAAGGUUGCUGAAUUAUAA